UGUGGGCUAGGUGAGAGCAAGAAAGCUUUCAAGAAGAAUCCCACCGACGACAUCUUUUGUUUCCCUCUCCCUCCAGAAAUUUGCCCCCUCUUUCCUACCAUCCUCCAAAACCGUAGUGUGUAUUAUGCACACAUAAGGAGAAAAGAAGAACACCAUUGCAAUAUGGGGAAUUGCCUCUUUGGAGGCUUCGGAGAGGCUAAUCAAGAGAUCGUCAAGGUGGCAGCGCCCAACGGCGGGGUCAUGGAGUUCUACGCCCCGAUUGCCGUUCGAACCAUCGCCGACGAGUUCCCGGGCCACGGCGUCUUCCGUGCGCACGACCUCUUCUGGAAUCCGCUCCCUCUCCACGAGGAGCUGGUGGCAGGAGAGUCGUACUACUUGCUCCCUUACAACGUUGGCGACCGCAGCAAAUCGCGAGAUCAAAAGCUGUUAUUAGGUAACGAGGUCGUGAGAGAAGGCCAUGUCCGCUCCACUAGCAUACCGUCGUCGCUCGUCGCGCCGUACCGGAUGUCGCUGGAUUACCAAGGCGCGCUGAAGAGGUCGUACACCGAGGUCUUCUCUAGGGACAGCGGCAAGAGCAACAAUGGGGUUUGGAAGGUGAAGCUUGUGAUUUGUCCGGAGCAGCUGCUCGAGAUAUUAUCACAAGAAUGCCGGACGCAGGAGCUGAUCGAGAGCGUUCGAGCCGUCGUGAAGUGUGGGAACAGCCCGGCACCCGGCGGGUUCUCCGACCAGUGGAGCCUCCCAAGCAGUGCCAGUAGGAGUGGUUUCUCUAAGACUGAAGGCGUGGUGGAUAUUUAGUAGGAAUUGUAGUUCUCAAACUGCUUUUUUAUUUAUUUCUUUUAGGUCUUGCUUGUACUCUGUUGUAAGUUUAAUUGAAGAAAUCUUUCUUUUUCUGGUA